AUGGUCUGGACUCCUCUCCUCCUCGUGCUCCUCUCCCACUGCACAGGUUCGCUGUCCCAGCCUGUGCUGACUCAGCCGCCCUCUCUCUCUGUGUCUCCUGGAGCGACAGCCAGACUCACCUGCACCCUCAGCAGUGGCAUUAAUUUUGGCAGCUCCUACAUAUAUUGGUACCAGCAGAAGCCAAGGAGCCCUCCCCGGUAUCUCCUGUGGUAUAAAUCAGAGUCAGAGAAGCACCAGGGCGCCGGGGUCCCCAGCCGCUUCUCUGGAUCGAAAGAUGCCUCGGCCAAUGCAGGGCUUCUGCUCAUCUCUGGGCUGCAGCCUGAGGACGACGCUGACUAUUACUGUGCGAUCUGGUACAAUAAUGCUCCUCACAGUGACACACACAGAUGGGGAAGUGGGACAAAAACCUCAAACUCAAUUGUUGUGUUGGUUCACAAUGAAUGAACAUUUUAAACUAACUUUUGUAUGCAAACUAUACUUGGAAGUACCUUCGGGUUUAUAAUGGGUCUAUUUUCAAUUUUUCAUUCUGUUUCUUUUCUUUUU